AGUUUGAUAUUAUUUUUUUUUGAAAAGAAACAGCUUUGCCGCAGUAGUAUGGAUUUUGAUUUAUUUGAAACUGAUGAAGACGAUGAUAUAUUGUCCAUGGUCAUAGAACCCACCCAAAUGCCCAAUGAAGGUGUGGUCAAUGAAAUAAUACCAGAACUACAGUGUCAGGGCGAAGAUUCCAUGAACUCACAAUUCUCAGCGGAUGGCUUUGUUAAAAAUGUUUUUCUUCAAAGCUACAGUUCCAUUAACAAUAAGGCAGUUGAGGAGAUAACGCUGACAAAAUAUGAAUUUCAAAAAGAGCAUCUCAGUAUUGGUGCCGUUAAUGGAUUUGUCUUUGGAGAAGCUUGCAUGAAUGUUCAAUAUUUGAUAGCCAGCCUUAAUGGUAUAUUAGGUAACUGUGGGGAAUCUUCUUACUAUCAACGUAGACAUCACAUAACAUUGCUAUUGCAUAUUGUUCUUCAUACUACACAUCCCGAGCAGUGGCCCUUGUUGCAGCCUCACCUAAAGAGACUUAGGUCCCUACUUAGCAAUUGUGUACAAAUGGAUACACUGAAAUGUAUUUACUUCGCCAACAGCUCCAAGGGCAAUGACUGUAAUAUUUCUGCAUAUCAUUUACUACAUGGGCUGUUGGAGUGGACUUUUUUAGAUGUAUGUAUUUUGCAAAAAUACGCAUUGUGCAAAAAUACUAUUGAUUGCAAUGAGGCAGAAAGUAGCAAUGAAAAUAGUUCCUUGCUAAUAAACCAGCUGGAAAAGUUUAUUGAUAUACUACUUGGGUGUUCUAUAUUUCACUUUUCAAAAAAACGCACCGCAGAAUAUAUGUUUAGCUCCGCAUUUCCUUGCACUUGUGUCAAAGAAAUGUGGCUAUUGUUACAACUUGCGCUUGAGAAAUGGACAUUAAAGACACAAGAAGGGGAAUAUAUAACUUGUUGGUAUCUGUUUAAUAGAGCAAUGCUGAAAAUUAAAGAUAAUAUGGAAAUGUUGGCUCUUACUCCUCUUAACUACUGCGAAUUCUUUAAUUGGAUACAAAAUGCAUUGGUGCAUUUACACGGUUAUCGUUCCAAUGGUCAAUUUGAGGGCCCGAGCUACCAUAGACCCUUAACUACCAGCAAAGAAAACUAUGAAUUUUGUGAGCGCAUAACUCAACACUUUCUCAAUGCAAACCCAAACGAAGAACACUUACGUAUAUAUAUUGGCCUAUUGACACCUGUUCUGCUCGAAUGGUGGGAGCCAAAAGUUAAUAUUGCUAUGGUGUUAUGGGAACACUUUCACAAAAAAUUAAAUUCCUCCUUCUACAUUGCUGGGGCAGCUCCUUCAAAUUUAGCAGUAUCAUGCGCUAGUGGUCGAGCCUAUGUCGAAAAAUAUCGAAAUCUUUUAAACAAACCUCCUGAUGCCAACCUUAGCAGUUAUACCCUUUUUGUUUUACUUAUGGGAAAGAGUUUGCAAAAAUUACUGACCAUUCAGGCUAAUCAUCAGGCCCAGAAGUUAUUGGGUCGCAUUUACGCGAAAUUCAGUGCGCAGAAAUUUUUAGCCCUUAACGAAACAGGCAUUCAUCAUCUAAUUGAGCUGUUCCUAGUUUUGGCUUUAUGUGGCGACUUUAGUGAUUUGUCGGGCAAGUUGAAAGAUAAACUUUUAUCAAUUGCUUUCGAUAAAGUGACCGCACCCAAGCAAGUGGCUGUUGCUAAAGGGCAUAUGGCUUUGUGGAUUUUAUUUGCCGAAAACCAAUACGAUUUGACGGAUUAUAUUACAAAAAUACUGCAGCAGUUGACUGCCAUACGCAAUGACCUGGCGGUGUCAAAAAUUUUGGCUGACACACUACUGGAUAUAUUUGACCAUGCAGAUACCUUUCAAAGAGGAGAGAGUUUAUUGGUGGGUCCUUGGAUACCAGAUUUCUUGAACAAUUGUACCCCCGUAGAGCAAGAACGGACUUUAGAAGCUUUACACUUGAUCUUUGUAAAAAUGCAACAUUGCGAGCUUUUUCUCGAAUCAAACAAUAAUCUAAUGAAGGCACUCAACACCUCGAUUCUUCCGUUUGUUAAGCAACAAUAUAUGACUAACUUCAGCCGUUGGUUGCCGAUUUUGGCCUCAGAUUUUUGUGUGCAUUCAUUUGCUGUAACGGAUACGCAAAACUUCCAAAAGCUUUUUGCUUACUUCACUGAACAACAGCCUUCAAAUCGCUACUUUGUACCACAAUUCCUAUUGCUAGUUUUGGAAUCAGAGCGCAAAUCAUUGAUUGAUCAUACAACAAUAAUGCACAUUUGGCUCAGAAGUUUAGUGGUGUUGACGUCAAGCAAUGAAGACGUUGUUAAAUUGACUAAAAUCGUGGUCAAUUUGGAGGAAUUUCAAUGUAUGACCAACAUAGAACCCGAAGAGCUUUUGAAAGCGAAGGAACCUUUGUGCAUAUUUGUAGCCGCAGUGGGUAAAACUUAUGAGUCUACCUCUGAUGAAACAAAACGCAAUACCAUAGCAAAUAACUUCAACGCUUAUGUACGCAAUUUCGAAAAAUGGCUAAAUACGGAUCUUAAAUUGGAAAAGUCAGAAUUGAUUUUUCGUUUUUUUAGCUUCUUGGCUAUAACCAUUUUCAAUUGUCCACACAUAGUUUAUGUCAAUUCAAAGAUAACAUGCUUCUUUCACAUAGCCAUCACCAGAUACAUUUUACCUCUCAGCAUUCAAAUGGGUAAACCACCUGAGGGAAAGUUGGCUCAACUGGUACAUAAAAUAUGGCCUGUCCUGGUACAAGGAAUAGGGCGUUUAAAUUUCAAAUCGGAUGCCUACCUUAACAAAACUCUAUCGGAUCUAAUACAAAAAUGGACACCUCAUUUUAAAAUCUCCACCAAUGUCAAGCAAGUGGCUCGCCCCUUUAUAAGUUGUCUACAGAGUGACAACCACGAUUUAUCGUUAUUUGUUUUCGAAAAACUCACUGCUUUAUUUUUGUCCACUCAACGGAGGCAAGCUGAUCCAAAUGCUUGCUUGGUUAUUAGCAUCUAUCAAGAAAUUGUUGAUUCCAUUACAACGAACGCCAAUGAUGUAAAUGCCACCAGUCGUCUACAAACAUUCCUAAAAGGAUGUAGCUUUGCUACUCUAGAACAUAUUAUGAUGGUCGAUGAAAUUGUACCCAGCCGCCAUUUACUAUUGGAUUUAUUCAAACGUUUGUUUAAUAGUCCUGUCUAUCAGAAUUCCCUACAGUCGAAGGAAUUGAUCAGGGAGCAUUUGCGUCUUUUGACCAAAAAACAUUUAUCCUAUUAUACAUUCUUCUACUUUGAUUUGCUGAUGAAACUUUGUGCCAUUUCAUUUGAAACCAUCGAGGAUAUUAUGCCAUUUUUAAUGGAUGAAAUAAAAAUAGUUGAACAGAAACGUGGCGCUGGCGAAGAUAAUCGUAUACGAACUUGUUUGCAAAAACUUCAACUAUGUAUAAAACAGGCUAAAUCAAAAUUGUUAUAAAAUAACUUAUUUGUUAGUGUAUACAUGUGUUGUCCUUAUGUUCUUAAGUUAUUUCAUAUUUUUUUUUAAGUUGUCUUUUUACGUAAUUUUAGAACCUAUAUGGUAUAAAGAAAAUCCUUCUUCUUAAAUAUCAAAAAUAAUUUUUUACCAUUUUUGUUUUUAAUUUUUUAAACAUCCCAAAUAAGGAUUUCACAGAACGGAUUUUGAUAUUGGGCUACAUUUGCAUGUAAGUGUCCCAAAAUACGUGGUUUCACAUUUAACAGCUCUUACAAAUUCUCCUCACAUGCCACAGCAAUUUGCAACAAAGUCAAUCUCCCCCAGCAAACCAGAGUAAUUCUGGCUCAAUUACGAUCCGGCAGAUGCAGCCGCCUCAAUUCCUAUAGAGCAAGUGUUGAUACCAACGUGUAGGAUAUAUGUCCCGAUUGUAACCAGGGACCACAAAAUAUAUUCUGGUUGCGAUUUGAAAUUAAGAGACAGUUCGAUUUGUUUGCGUCUGUAUGCAGAUAAUUUCCAUGAGCCCAUCUAGAAACAAUAUCCAAAUCUUCAUAUAUUUUGAGAAAUCCUUGAGGUAUGUCAGAUUUAUGAAAGCUCAGAUAGAGCUAGACAUCAUGGGCAUAUAUGUGUAUAGAGGAAUAUGUGAGCCGGGGUGGAAGGUCACUUAUGUACGUCCAGAAAAGCAGUGGUUCCAGUGGUCCCUGCGGUAAACCUUUAUUCAAUUGCAGAGAUUUGAACAUUAGGUCUUUAAUUACAACAGAUUGAAAUCUCAGGUAGAGGUAGUUCUUUAUCAAUAACACAGCAGAGUCGGAAAAAUUAAAAUAGCGCUUCAGCAAAGUACAUCAUGAUGGACACAGUCGAAGGCUUUUGAGUUAUCCAACAGUACUAGACAUGUUACUUGUCCAUCAUCAAUAUUUGAUGUAAUGUCUUCGGUAACAUCGAUUAAAGCGGUGAUGCAGCUAUGUCUUGGCCUGAAACCAGACUGUUUGGUGGAUAACAGGGGGGACUCAUUUAAGUAUGUACUUAUUUACUUAUGGGUUAUUUUCUCAAAAGCCUUUGAUGAGAAUGGCAGAAUGGAUAUUGGGCGAUAGUCAUUUCCAUGUUUUAAUUUUGGCACUGGUGUCACUUUUGAAUGUUUCUAUCCGAACGGAUAUAUGCUUGUAGUCAAUAUAGUGUUGGAAAAGUGGGUACUAUAAGGCAGUAUAUACGGUAAAGUGCAUUUUAUGAAUUUUGGAUGUACAAUAAGUCAUCCAAACCAUCAGCCCCCAUAUACAUCAAUAGGCUGAGCACAUGCAAAUUCAAAAGUUGUGAAUUCAGGAAAUAUUGGUGCAUUCGAUAAAACAGUUGAUGUGUUUCUUUGUACAUUAAGAUUUAUAUUCAACGUUCACUGUGCAGUUUAGAAAAUAAGCAUUCACUUCAUCUGGAUCAGCAUCAAUUUCGACUGGAUGGGUAGAACCAACGCCAAUUUCUCGUAUUGUUUUCCACUCUCUUUUCGAAUCAGUUGCCUCGGUGUAUCUUUUGGCGACAGUUCUGAGUGCUCGAUAGUCUUCAUGUAACUGUGGAGACUUAAAACGCUUUCAUCGUCUAUAAGCCAAAUCUCUUUUAUAAAUUAAUCGUUUAAUCGGAUCACUGAAUCAACAGUUCUGAGUCCUUCGUGGACGUUAUGUACAGACAGACACGGUACAGUUAAGAAGAUGCAGUAGAUAUUUAUUGAGAAUUAAAUUCUACUGCAUCAGUGGAAGAAAUAUCAUAUAUUUUAGCCCAAUAUGUGUACGUUUCCAGCAGAAUCCAGCGUGGUGGGUACUGGGGUGUACAUUUAUUUGUAUUUUUGGAAUAAUCAAUUAAUCGUUUAUUUAAAAAUUCAGUUUCAACGAUUACUCCAACAUAACGAAAAUGGUCGUCAAUUAAUCGAAUAAAUGCUACAUCGUUUCAAAUGUUUAAUUUAAUUAAUCUGCUAAUACAUGAUCAGACAUGUCAUAUGAACGGUCUGUUUCUGUAUUCAUAAGACUUGUCUUAUGUACAUCAAAUACGAAUAGAGCGCACUCUUAAAAAGUGAUUGUGGCGGGGGUCCAAAACGCUGAAAAAAUUUAAUAAAAUGAAUAAAUGAGUAUGCUUCUUGCAUAAAACUGCUGCAAAAUACGUCUUAAAGAAUUUAAUCUUCCUUUUGUCUAAAUAAUUCUAAAGGAAUCAAACAAACCACUUAAAAUUUUAAUAACUGGGAUACGAUGCUUACUGCAAUACAUGCUUAAAAAAUAACACUCAAACUCAGGGGUAUAAUCUUAAAAUUUAUUAUUCGUUUUUUUUUUAUAUAUGUAUAUGUAUAGACAAUAUGCAUAGUCUUAAGUAUUGA